CCGACAUCAUCCGUCACUUGUCAAAUGCAAUCGCGAGUGUCAAUAAAUAAAAGUAAAUAGUGCAAAUAAAUUUGUGGAAUGUUAUAAAAAAUGGUAGAACCAAUAUUCGAUUACCAAUUCCGUCUUAUCCUAAUAGGUGACAGUACAGUCGGAAAAAGUUCACUAUUAAAGUAUUUUACUGAUGGCAAAUUCGCAGAGCUCUCAGACCCCACCGUUGGAGUGGACUUUUUUGCGAGACUCAUAGAAGUUAAAGACGGCACUAGAAUAAAAUUACAACUAUGGGACACAGCUGGACAGGAAAGGUUUCGCUCAAUCACCAAAUCCUACUACCGAAAUUCAGUUGGUGCUUUGUUAGUUUAUGAUAUUUGCAAUAGGGCUAGUUUCGAACACAUUCCUGUCUGGAUGUCAGAAGCUAGAAGGCAUAUUGAACCUCAUAGGCCCGUUUUUGCACUUGUUGGUUGUAAACUAGAUCUUGUUAAUAAUGGAGGUCAAAGAGAAGUUUCUAAAGAGGAAGCAAAAGCUUUUGCUGACCAGCAUGGCAUUUUCAACGUAGAAACCUCAGCAAAAAAUGGUAUGAAUGUCGAGGAGGCGUUCAGAUCUGUCACCCAAGAAGUGUAUAAUCGGAUACAAACUGGGGAGUAUAAAGUUGAAGAUGGUUGGGAUGGAAUUAAAACAGGGUUUGCACGCCCCAAUGGGUUGGAUUUCAAUUUAAUUGAAGCAGAACCUGCUAAGUCAUCUUGCUGUUAAAAAUAAUUACGACUAUUUUAUUAUUAAAAUAUGUACAUACAUUAUGUAUAAUUAGACACUAAAAUUAAUGACCUAAACUGUGGAUUUCACUUUUGUACAGGAAUAUUUAUUCAGCCGAAAUUAAUGGUGAACACGUUACAGUACAUCACUGAUUAUUGGAACAGAAAUUUAUUGUUACAAGCAGUUACUAAUUUCGUGUGCUGUGCUAUUAAUUAUAAUUAAAAUAGCAUAGUAUUAGACAAGUCUUCAUACACUUUGUUAGGUGCGUUUUGAUGUCAAUUAUUGACUAAUUCUGUUAUACUUAAUUUAAUCAAUACUUGUGAGUCAUAGUUAUCAGAUCAGAGUUGGAUCGUACUUGGUUAAAUCAUUUCAGAAAGUUUACUUUCUCGUAAAAAUGGACUGGUGAGAGGCAGAAAGUUAAAAACACCAAUGAAUAGUUUUCCUACACUUAGUUGGUCAUUUGUGAUUUAAAUCAAAGUGAAAAUUUUGGAAUGCCGCCCCAAAACAAUAUUGUUUUUGCCAAGGGGGAGCUUAUUUUCAAAGUGAUAUUUUUGAAAUGCCACCCAAAUUAUCAAAAAUAACACUUUAAAAAUAGUACUCAAAUGUUUUCAUACAUUUUGUGAUACAAACUUGAUUCAUCUAUUGCUGUACUAUAGUAAUUAUGUAGAAAUGUAUCUAGUCUUGGAAUGUUCAACUAAUUUUUAUAGAGGUUGUUUGUCCUUUUUUGUAAAACGUACUUUAUUUUAGCACUGAUAAAAAUAUUAUUGUAGUUGCUACGAGAGAAAAAACCUGAUUAAAGUAUAUAAUUAUUA